CUACCCUGGCCACCUCCGAACCGGCUCCACCAACUCACAGAGAUUAGCGUCUGGACAGGACAAUCUGGCCAGGCAGAAGCCACAGCAAAGAUUCCCAGGUAUACAGAACUCUGACGCAGAGUCAUUGCUUGCGCUCAGUUCGCCUACGUUCAGCCAACAGGGUAGCACGGCCUCACCAGCUAAUCCAAACUCUUCUGGCUACCAACAUCCACCUCACAAUCUGCAUCCGAGGAUGCAUGGGCUAACCACGAGCGGAGGCACUCACGCGAACAUGAAUGGCGACCUUAAUCGUCACAACUAUCCUCCCGCGCCGGUCGGGCUGAUGGGCGCCGGGCAGCUUCCCAUGAACUUUAUGCCUGGCGAUAUGAUGAUCGAAAGUCAAGAUGUCGACAUGAGUAUACUAGGGCUCGACAUGAAUACGUGGUUUGAUCCGUACUCUACCCCAGAGAUGAUGCAGCAAUUCUACGGCAAUAACCACCAACCGCCGAGUGACGCAAACGGCACGCCCGGGGCAGGGCAGUAAUGGUAACAGAUGUUGCAUGAAUUGCGCUUUAUCUUGUUGUGACUCACAAUUAGCGAGGCGUCUUGGAUCUUGGGACACAUCUUACCCUAAUAGCAUGGAUUUGUACGACUUGACGCCCUGUACAGAUCUGUAUAUACCAAGACACGGCGAUAUGCUUGUAUGCAGACAAUGAUGACAUAGCAGAACGGCCACGUCUGCGGCGAUAUCGGGUCUAGCAGCUUCUCCAAUUGCCGAUAACAUGAAAACUGCAUACAUAUUCG